AUGGCGGACGAGCCGGGCGGUGGAUAUCGAGUGGCAUUCAAAGACCCUGUCGUCGGCGUCCCUUUGCACCUUGUGUACGAGCAGGCACCCGUGACCGCGCAAGGCGGCGUGCCGUCUUGCGACCGAGCAUUCAACUUUGUCCGACCCGCCCCCGUCCACAAGCUUGGCCACUUUGGCAUGUGUGUCACCGACUUUGCCGCGGCCUACCGCUUCUACACCACCCGCUUCAACUUUGCCUCCAGCGACGUCGUCUACGAUGAUACCGAUACCAGCGGGGACAUGACGACGUUUUUGCACCUGGGCCGCGGCGACGAGCUCGUCGACCACCACUGCUUCUUCUUCGAGGGCCCCGUCCGCCACGUCCACCACGCGUCCUAUGAGACCUACGACGUAGAAACACAGCCGCUCGGCCACGACGGACUGUGCAGCAAAGGCUACGAGGACUGCCGGGGCGUCCGCCGGCACCUCAUGGGCAGCCAGAUUUUUGACCACUGGUUCGACCCCUCGCGCUUUGUCCUCGAGCACUAUGUAGACGGCGACCUGGUGAACCGGCAGUGCAAGCCACACCGGUCGCAGGCCUCACCAGAUGGUCUGCACAUAUGGGGUGUGCAUCCUCUUUUGUUGCCUCUUUUGUUUGCUGUUUUAUUCGUUGACAAGCUUUGCAGGGGCACGACCCGACUGCUGUAG